GGUCGUUCGCCUCAUUAAAACCACCUUAUCUGAGAUGCUAUUAAAAUGCUGUCGUAGAACGUCCUUUGCGACAUGUCGGCAUCUCUUCCAUCAACUUGUCAGACAGUCUCGCGUUAUUUGUGAAGCGCUGUCUCUCCCAGUGGGUGUCACGCAGGUCUGAUGUUGCAGCAGCUGCUGCUUCCUGAUCUGAAGCACCACCACCAGCCACAGCCAAAGCCCUGCACGCUUCAAAGCUCCCACACCCCGAACUGAUAACGCAGGGAGGUGCUUCUGGACCGUGCUUGUCCUCGGUCAGUUUUCCCGGCGUAGCUGCGGUUGAAGCGGUCUGUGGUCUCUUGAAAGCCGAUCUGCGAGAGGCUGUACAUUAGGACCGAGAGGCACGGUUUUUCCAGGAGCUGGUGCUAGCUAGUAGCGGCUAGGUGGCUAAUGGCUAGUAGCAGCAGGUAGACAACCCAGAAGGAGCAGAAAUCUAGAAAUGCGUCUACUGCAUAUCGCCUAGAUGCGCCCGAAAACGACCAGGCUUUAAAGGAGCAACUCCGCAUGUUGUGUUUUUACAAAUUAUCUGAGUGACAUGCCACCGAAAGUAUUCUAACUUCGCUAACGUUAGCUAGCUAACUUACUAGCCAUCAGAAGCUGAUUCUGUUGCUUGUUCAGACUCGGCGUUGAAGGAGGAAACGGUAGAUUUACAACCAACCGCAGGUUAGAGCCUUUAUUGAGAAAGUCGUGUAGGUAGUUAGUUAUUGAAAUGGCUCCCAAAAGAAGACCCGUUCCCCUGAACAUAACGCCCAUUGGGGAGGGACAGGCCACCUCUAACACCCUUGAUGCUGCAUCAGAAGCCAACCUCGAGGCCCUACAGAAGAAACUGGGUGAGCUGGAUUUGGACGAACAACAGAGGAAACGGCUGGAAGCCUUUCUCACCCAGAAAGCCCAGGUUGGGGAGCUGAAGGAUGAGGAUUUUGACCCCAUUUGCGAGUUGGGUGCAGGAAAUGGAGGAGUGGUCAACAAGGUCCGCCACAAACCCUCGGGCUUGGUCAUGGCCCGCAAGCUGAUCCAUCUGGAAAUCAAGCCUGCCAUUAGGAACCAGAUUAUCAGGGAGCUGCAGGUGCUGCAUGAAUGCAACUCUCCCUACAUUGUGGGUUUCUAUGGGGCCUUUUAUAGUGAUGGAGAGAUCAGCAUCUGUAUGGAGCACAUGGAUGGUGGAUCUCUUGACCAGGUUCUAAAGGAAGCCAGAAGAAUCCCAGAAGAAAUCCUGGGGAAAGUUUCUAUAGCUGUAUUGAGAGGAUUAGCCUACCUGCGGGAGAAGCACCAGAUUAUGCACAGAGAUGUCAAGCCCUCCAACAUCCUGGUCAACUCUCGCGGGGAGAUCAAGCUGUGUGAUUUUGGUGUGAGCGGCCAGCUCAUAGAUUCCAUGGCCAACUCCUUUGUUGGAACGCGCUCCUACAUGUCGCCGGAGAGACUGCAGGGCACCCACUACUCUGUUCAGUCUGACGUGUGGAGCAUGGGCCUGUCCCUGGUGGAGCUGGCGAUUGGCCGCUACCCUAUACCCCCACCAGACGCCAAAGAGCUGGAGGCCAUCUUUGGACGGGCUGUUAUGGAUGGCGCUGAGGGGGAACCACACACCAACAUGCAGAGGCCCAGGCCACCAGGCAGGCCCAUGAGUGGACAUGGAAUGGACAGCAGACCUGCCAUGGCCAUCUUUGAACUUUUGGACUACAUUGUGAAUGAGCCACCUCCCAAACUGCCACAUGGUGUUUUCACCAAUGACUUCCAGGACUUUGUGACAAAAUGUUUGAUCAAAAACCCAGCAGAGAGGGCAGAUCUCAAGAUGCUAAUGAGUCACACGUUCAUCAAGCGAUCUGAAGUGGAGGAAGUAGACUUUGCUGGCUGGCUGUGCAAAACCAUGGGGCUCAACCAGCCCAGUACCCCCACCCGCAGCACUGAGUGAACAGGCCCCAAUCAAGUCUACAUGUUCUUGGGUCUCUCUUGCAUAGGCAUACAUAAAAUGUACAUACACAAGCAAUCUCACAUAUUGGCACUUUUUUCAUCUUGCUCUUGGGUAAAACGGUUUUGGCUUCCCCUCAUUUUUUUCUUCGCCAGCAGCAGGGCGCGUUGGGUUCUUGUACUGUAAAACUAUAGCUUCACCAUGUCAAUAUCAAGAGUAGCCACACUUCACUUUUUCAUACUGCUGCACAGGAUGUAAAGCACUGAAUAGCUGCCAGUCUGUCAGCUGAAUUUGCAUUGAGUGACAAACCUCUUUUGUAUUGUUGAAUAUUCUGUAUUAAUAUUUUCUAUGGCAACAGUCGAUGGCUUGUGGAGUUGUAUUUUAAUAAAUUACCUGCUUUUCACAUUUGUUGGAUUGAAAAUGAGAAUCCAAGCAAAUAAUCUACUUGCAAAUUCUAAAUUGAGUUUAUUGAAGGUUAAUGCAAUUAUUUGAUUAAAACCCCUUUUGACAAACAUUACCUCCAAUAUAAUAAUUUGAUUUGUGAGUAGAGAGUGCAGGGCAAAGGGACACAUAGUCAUUAUCAGUUUUUGGUAAAAGCGAUCACUAUGUGAACACCAUCACAAACCAAAGAGGGUAAUCAUGAGUAGUAAAACUUUUCAAUGCCUGAUCAGUUUUUGUAUGCACAUUCAUAAACAGUAUAUCUGUAGUUUUUCCAUCUAGUGAUCUACACUACAUCAACUAGUUUUCAUUUCAAUUCACAUCCCACACUGUCACACAGGCCUGAUGUAUGCCAGAAUGUCUGACAUUGAGAAAGCGGUGAUCCAAAUAUUUACAUGGGGAUGAUACAGCAUGGUUUAUUAUGUAACUGUGAAUUGAAUUUCUUUACGCCAUAAUGGGGUUGAUGUUUUUAUCAAAAACCUGAAUUUCCACAGUGGUGAUGUGUUACUUCAUCCAUGUUGACUGAUUUAACUCUUUGGUCUGCAGUUUCUUUUUUUUUUUAAGUCACCGUUUACUGCUACACGUGAUGAUCCAAGCUUCUGGAGACGCAGCCAGCCUAGAAGUGUGCUUUUGGAAAGGACUGGGGUUUAAAUACUAAUGAAAAGCUUCUGCCUUUGAUUUAGCCUGAUGGAUUGUGGUAGAAGUUGAAUUCAAAUGGUACUUCAGAUUUUUCAGGUAGUACAAAAGAUUUUGCAGCAAAAUUUGAAUGCAGGUCGCUGUUGGUCACGUGUUGUUUUUUGCUAGCCUGCUGUCUUGCUAGAGCGCUUGUAUUCUCUUUGCUUAUGGCUGAUCCUUUCUUAUUCCCCCUAAAACUGUGCAUUUGUUGAAAGAAAAAUGGGUGCAUCGUCACUUAUCUGUACAAAGCUAUAUACAAAAAUUACAGUACUAUUUUGCAGUCUUAAUAUACAAAAAUUUGAUUUAUUUAAAUGACAAGGGAUGAGAGUCAUUUUAUUAUAAUAUAAAGAUGUGUUGAUAUGGUUAUAAUGUAUAAAAAGAUUAAAAUAAAACUUAUUUGUGAAUGUA